UAGGAUGGUAUUCACUUUUUCUUAUCUAGUAGUCAAUAGUUGUAGUACCCUACCAGAACAAGUGGUAUCACUCAUAUGAAUGAACAUUUCAAGGAGAAGCUGAACGUUCACUGUAAAACAAACUGUAAAUAUUAACGCAGGUUCAUCAAUCUACUUUCCUUAUAACUGAAGAUUAAAGAUUUUGGAUAUUGGAUAUAGGUUAGAUUUAUGAGGCGCAAAGGUUGAUGGUGACGUUGUACUUUAAAAACGUGGGGAUCCAGUCAUCUAUUGUUUCUUUAUAAAUGGCUCGUGAAUGGGGUAUUGUUUCGACAGCUCUCGAGGAAGGGAGACGUGAACUUGUGAUUUCUGGGAAGGAAAUUUCAGAAAUGGUCGAAACGGUGGGGCUUGACCAAAGGAUUUAUGAUCUAAAGAAGCUCAAUUUUCUGGAAAUUUCACAUACUUGUUUAGAAUUUCUGUCCGAUGAUAUAUCGAAGCUUUCAAAUCUUGCGCAACUAUGCCUUACAUCAAACAUGCUAAAAGCUGUCCCAUCUAGUCUUGGAUCUCUCCAUUGUUUACGAUCUUUGGACUUAUCCUUUAACAACAUUUCAAUGAUCCCUGACAUUUUCAACCAUUUACCUAAUCUAUCUAGUCUUAUUUUAUCUGGCAAUAAAAUACAAAAUAUACCAUCUGUUCAAGGGUUAAAAUCACUACAUGAAUUCUCAGCUUCUAAGAAUCAAUUGACUUUACUUCCCGAAGGAAUCGAGUUGCUAACUAAUCUGGCAGUCUUGGAUGUUUCAUAUAAUAACAUUUCUAAUUUACCGAAGGAUUUGUUUAAUUUAUCAAGUCUCAAGAGUGCGAACUUUUCAGAAAACUCUUUAACUGAUUUUCCGGCCAAUAUUCAUCGUUGUCGCAAACUAAAUGUUUUAAAGAUUCAUGGAAACCCUUUUAAAGAUAAUCGGUUGAAAAGGCUUUCUGUCGAUGAACAUUCACCAACUGCGCUUUUAGCUUAUCUUCGUCGUUUGGACGAAACAGGGAGCAAAAAAGGAAAGAAAGUUAAUGACAAAAAUUCGUCACUGAAAAUUUCAACCGAACCUGAAGAAAUGAAUAAUUCCACCACUCGACUACCGGAAGUUACGAGAAUUUCAAUACCGCAUAUUGUCAUUCAGCGCCCAAGUGACGAUGAAGAAUAUCAAAUUAAUCAGACUCACUCAGUGAAAACUGGCCCACGUCCUUACAUCGUUGCCUGUACGGUUCAUGGUGUAGAAUUUCCUUCUGAAACUAAACUGAAAGCUUUUCUUCGAGCUCAAGAAAAUUGGCAUCGUGAUAUUGGCCAAAUGCGUCAUCAUGCAACUUUAGCUACUCAUGAUUUACAACUAAUCCGUUUUCCGCUUGUUUACACUUUAAAGGAAGCAAAAUCAUUUCUAAUUCAUCCGUUAAAUAGAUCUGUUAAUGGUACUGGUGAAACAUUUUUAAGACAAUUAGUUCAAGAAGCACAGUUAGAUAGAAAAUCUCGUAAACAAACAAAAUUUAGUCAAGUUUAUCGUUAUUUGAAUGUAUUGGAUAUUGAAAGUGCAAUAGCUUCAAAUGUAUUCAGUGAUGUGUUGGUUCCUAUUGUUGUGGAUAGUACACCAGUGGUUAUCUCAGUCCCUCCACUUACCAAUAGUCAUCACACACGUUUAACUGUAGACACACAUAAUAUACUGAUUGAAGUUUCUGGAAUCAAUUUACCUUUAUGCAAACAAUUUGCUGAAGUAGUCAUCGCUUGGUUAUUAGAAAAUGCUUGUCCACAAUCAAAGGAAAAUAAAUCCAGUGACAAACCAAAUACCAGGGAAGUUAAUACAACAGAACAAUCACAACUUGUUGACGAAGUGGAUAAAAGGUUAACAAUGAAGUCGAUUGUCGUUCCACCUAACUCUCUUGUGGUACGCCCAAUCCGUGUUGUCGAUGUUGAUUUCGAUUACAAUCUAUGUGUCAUGUUUCCAUCACGAUCGGAUUUAACUGAUGCAAAGUUUAAUACCAUUCGUUAGAUAUAUUAUUUUUAUUACUCAUAUGUUAUCAGAAACGAAUUUAUAUCUAUACAGAUACUUAACAGAGUGGAAUAAUUAUUUUUAACUUUUAUUCAUUAUUGAUAAUGAGUUUUCUCGUUUAAAGAUCCCCAUCAUAUUAAGAGAUUAAUUAUAUUAGUCUUUUAAUAAGUUUUCUGUUUAUGACACGUUUCUUUUAUCACCAUUAACCGUCAUCUUCGUUAUUGUUACUGGAUCAUGUUUCUCAUUUAAAGGCAAUAAACAUGUUUUAAUGUAUGUGUGUUUGUGAUUUUGUAAGUUUGAUUCUUUAUUCUAUUUAUAACGUCUUUAUUAUGGUUAGGGAGACAUUAUAAUUACUUUUCUUCAUAUGGAAUUUGGGGAAUCGAAAAAAAUAAAAUAAACUAUUGGUUUAUCA